AUGAAUUCGCUACCCUCUGAACUCCUCCAGGACAAUGUCUAUGGCAUUCUAAACGCUGCCGAUCGCCAUCAAUUGGCCAUGGCCAUACCGCGGUCGUCUAAACACUUGCUUGGCGACGAUGGUGCACUUGAUGAGUAUGUUCGUACCGGUGGUUCGUCGGACGUCCGGUUCUCGCGCCCAUUCGCUCUCACACACAUUGUGUACGAGCUAGGCCAUGUUGUCAAGGACCAGGGACUUCUAGCCAAGUACUUGAGCUCACACCCAGCCCCGGUGAUGAUGGAAGAACAUCAUGGAAACAUGGAAGAUGCGACGCUCGCCUUCCCCCAGUAUAUUCAAGUUUCGGAACCCACCAGUCUCUCGAGACCUAAGACUUGUGACCCCGUCUACUUGGACCAGGUUCUUCAGAACAACUCGGUGCGACAC